UUUCUUCUGACCAUUUUCACGAGGUUAUGUUGUUUGUAUGGUUGUGUAACUAAAAGUACCUGAAAUAACUGUGGCAUGUGAAGUAAUUUUGUGCUCAAAAGCGAAGUGAUGGACGAUUAGUAAUCAAAAUCGAUACUUUCUGCGUUUACUCUACGAUUGGUGCGCAAAAUCAGGAUAAGACAAUGGCCAAAUACAUCGCUCAGAUCGUUGUUCUGGGUACACAAAUCGUAGGUCGGGCUUUCGCUCGGGCUCUGAAGCAAGAGAUUGCCGCAUCACAAGAAGCUGCAAAGCGGGCCGGUGGUGGCAAGCAGGGGCAAAGCCGUGUAGCUGCCAAUCUUAGAACGGGAAUGACUUUGGAAGAGGCGCAACAGAUUUUGAAUCUUACUAAACUUGAACCAGAAGAGAUUCAGAAGAACUAUGAGCAUUUGUUCCAGGUUAACGACAAAGCGAAGGGAGGUUCUUUUUACCUACAAUCUAAAGUGUUCCGUGCUAAGGAGCGAAUAGACCAGGAACUGAAAGCUACCAAACCACCCGAAGGCAAAUCAAAAGAAACUGGCGAAACGCAUGAAAGUGCGUGAUGCGAGUUUUUAUCUAGGAUGUUUCCAUUGUCAUAAGCUUUAUGUAGAGUUGAAAAUAAAUUAUUCACCUAACAGGUGGACAUGUAUCAAAUUUAA